AUGUCCACCAGCUCUUCCCAAUGCGAUUCGUCACCCGAUAGCCACGGCUCACCGGCAAUGGCUCGCCAUGCUGCCUUGCCACGGUCUCUCGAGGCCACCGAGCCCGAAGCUCGCGACGAUGCUGCCCAGGACCCCGUGCUCGCCGCUCUCUCUGACCUCAGGAUAAGCACGGGUCCCUCCCCCCGGCUGACGACUCCACGCGACACCAGCAGCAUCGCCGCCAUGGGCUCCAACGCCCUAUCCGCCAGGUCUUCCACCAUCGCCAGGCGGCAGCUCUCCGGCGGAGGCAUCGCGGGAGCCGUCGUCGGAUCUGUCAUCGGCGCUGCGCUAAUUCUGUUGUGCGUAUCGCCAUUCCUCCUGCGGCGAAGCCGCAAUGCCCGGGCUCGUCGGGAGCAGGCCGAACUCCAGGCUGAGAUGGGCUUGGCCGCCGAGACUGCUCCCGGGAGAGGAGAUUCGCUCGUGGCGUCGCCCGCCACGGACCGCCGCCUAUCUGUCGACCACUUUGGCCAUGCCAGUUCCGACGAUACCCGCCGCCCGGUCAAGGACUAUGACAUGGACGGCAACUCGUACGACAACAUGACGCCCUCCGGGACGGGCGUCCCACAGUACGCGAAUGCCUUCACCGCAGCACCCCAAGGCGGCGAGGGUGAUGCGCAUCCUCCGUUCACUGGGCCCGUUGCACCCGCUCCUCUAGCCAUGCCGCCGCCUGCAGCCCCCCUGGCGGCCAGUCCAGACCAAGCCCAACCGCCCAGGAAAUCGUCUCUCAGCAACGCCAUCGAGGGCUUCGCCGAGAAGGCCACGGCGCUCUUCCACCGCUCGAGCACGCGGUCUUCGUCUCGGAGCGCGCAUAUCACGUCGCCCACCAGGUCCACGACGAUGCAGGCGGACCCCAACGACGUGCCCAUGCCCACCUUUUCGGAAGAGCAGACCUACUCGCCGGUCAUGAUGACCGGCGCUGCGGCCGAAUACUUCUCUGGUGCCCCCCUCUCGCCUCCGUCGUCAGACUACUCGCCGCCGCCGCAGGCCCCGUACGGCUCGACCGAUGCCGGCGCUACGCCCCUGAACUUUAUGAGUAUGCCGCGGGCUGCCAUCCUGGCCAAGUUCGAGGCUCCGUCACGGCAGGGAAGCCAGGCGGACGACUUUUCGCCCAUGAGCCCGACAUCCCCCGGAAGGAUCAAGGGCGAGCCCGAGGACGAAGAGGAAGGGGUGAGAGGGUUCUCGGCUUCGCCCAUGCGGAUGCGCAUACCUAGUCCAUCACAUCCCGAACCUGGUACCGUCAACCCGAUGGAUGUCUGGGCGCCAGCCAACGCCUCAGAAAGGGGUCACCAGGUCGCCGCCGAACUUGACAAGAUGCAAGAGAGCCCGCCACCGCAAGCCGCUAGCCCGCCGAUGCAGGUGUACCACUCGGUCGUGGAGGAGCAGCAGCAGCAGCAGCAGCAGCAGCAGCCGUAUUAUGAGCCGCAGCUGGUGCAGGAGCAUACACAGCCGAGCCUGCCUCACCAAGACCAGCAGUACUACCAUCAGCCUACGAUUGUGGAGCCAGAGCCCGAGAACAGGGCGGGCGAGUUCGUCGCACACGAGAUGCCCGAGACCGACGCCUCUACGCCGCCGCCCGGGUCGCAGUCCUCGUUGCCGUCGACGUAUACGACGCCCGACACGAGGCUCACGGAGCCUACGCCGGGGUACAUGAACACCCCGUCGCCACGUUCGAAUGAGGGGAGUACCCCGGCUCAUAGCUCUGAUAUAAGCGGAGCCUCCCCCAGGACAUUCACCUGCGAGGAAUGCGGGCGCAUCUUUGACCAAGUCCACAAGCUCAAUCACCACAAGCGCUACCACGAGCGGCCCCACGAGUGCACGCACCAGGGCUGCGGCAAGCGCUUCGGCACCAAGACGCACCUCGACCGGCACAUCAACGACAAGCACAAGAAGACGCGCAAGUACCACUGCACCAUCGCCGACUGCGCCUACUCCAGGCAGGGCGGCAAGUCGUUCCCCCGCAAGGACAACUGGCGCCGGCACAUGCAGAACAAGCACAACCUCAACCCGGAGCAUGACCCCGUCGAGGUUGUGGACGAGACUAUGACUGGGACUUGA